CGGAAGCCAGAAUCGCUUCGGGUCCGGUCGCAAAGAUGGCGUCCUCCGCCUCCGCUCGGCCUGAGGCGGGGAAGCGAGUGGUUAAUCAGGACGAACUGCGGCGGUUGAUGAAGGAGAAGCAGCGUCUGAGCACCAACCGCAAACGGAUAGAAUCUCCAUUCGCGAAGUACAACCGCUUGGGGCAGCUGAGUUGUGCCCUGUGUAACACCGCGGUUAAGAGCGAGCUCCUGUGGCAGACUCACGUCCUGGGAAAGCAGCACCGAGAGAAAGUGGCCGAGCUGAAAGGCGUGAAGGAAGCCGCCCAGGGACCGUCCGCCAGCGCAGUGCCUCAGUCCGCCAGCGCAGUGCCUCAGUCCACCAAGAGGAAGGCGCCGGACGCAGAGAGCCAAGAUGCCAAAAGAGCGAGGGCCUCCGUGGUGUCUCAAGUACAGCCCUCCACUUCCGCUUUGCCCACCAACGUUGACAAAGCCGGAAAGGAGCCCACUAGGGCGACCCUCAGUAAGGCUUCGGGACUCGGUUUACUCCCUGAUUAUGAAGAUGAGGAAGAGGAGGAGGAGAAAGAGGAGGGAGGAGGAGGAGAAGGGAAAAGAGGGGAUGUCUGUAAGCAUCCGGCCAACGCGCAGGGCAAGGAACACUCACUUUCCUCCGCGCGGGAGGCAGCCGGUAGUAGGCUGCCAAGCGAUUUCUCGGACACAAAUCCUCCCAAGGCCCCUUUAAUUCCUCAUUCAGGGUCAAUUGAGAAAGCAGAAAUACAUGAAAAAGUGGUGGAAAGGAGAGAAAACACCGCGGAAGCAUUACCGGAAGGGUUUUUUGACGACCCUGAGAUAGAUGCGAGGGUACGAAAGGUUGAUGCCCCAAAGGAUCAGAUGGACAAAGAAUGGGACGAAUUUCAAAAAGCCAUGAGACAGGUCAACACUAUUUCCGAAGCCAUAGUUGCCGAAGAGGAUGAGGAGGGACGGUUGGACCGGCAGAUUGGGGAGAUCGAUGAGCAGAUAGAGUGUUACCGUCGGGUGGAAAAGCUGCGGAAUCGCCAGGAUGAGAUAAAAAAUAAGCUUAAAGAGGUUCUGACCAUAAAAGAACUGCAGAAAAAGGAAGAGGAGAAUGUUGACAGCGAUGAUGAGGUAGAACUACAGGAUUUGUUGUCUCAGGAUUGGAGGGUGAAAGGGACUUUGUUAUAGAGUUUCAAAGACCCAAGAGUUCUACAUCCUCUACGACUGUAUAAAAAGUGCCGCCUCUCAAUACGAUAUCGUUUACUCCAUGCCUGGAGAUUUGGUAACUUGACUGGGUUGUCGAGAUACAAUGAGCCUGUGAAGAUACCGCUUUGGAAAAUUGGUGUAAAAUAUUUUUGAGGUAAAGGUGUUUUUGAAGUUUUCGAAGUA